AUGUCUUCGACCUGGGACUUCCUCCAACACAGCUCCGACCUACGCGGCAAAGUUGCGCUGGUAACGGGUGUGAACAACGCCUGCGGAGUCCCUAGUGCCGCAUGCACCGAGGCAGGCUGGGAGCCGAACAUUGCUAUCAGCCACGUCGGCCACUUUACCCUAAAUAAUCUUCUGCUGCCUCUGCUCAAGUCGACCACUUGUACCUCUGACGCCGACGUUCGCAUCGUUGUGGUUUCUUCGGUUGCUCAGUCAAGUAUGCUACCAGCCAAUUACGUACCCAACUUCGCGGGUCCCGACGCCCUCAAAAACCCCAUCCCGUACCGUCCCUGGGCUCACCGCUGGCUAUCUCCCCUCUUCAUCCGCCUAGACGUGACGGCCUACGGCGUGACGAAGCUUGCCAAUGCCCUUUAUGCCCAGGAACUUCAAAGGCAUCUCAGCGACGACGUUCAACUGAAUGCCGAGGACGCCCUUUCUUCACGGUCCAUCAUCGUUACGGCCGUCCACCCUGGUACCGUCCGCACGCCAGGCAUGGCAGAAGUCUUUCAACCAUGGAUUUUGGGUCUGGCGAGUCACUUUGCCGUAACACCCACCGAAGGCGCACAGAAUUUGCUCUUCGCGGCCACAGCGAAUGAAGUGAGAAGCCAGCCGGAGAAGUUCGCGGGCCGGUUUCUGCUCCCCAUCGGACAGGUCGCACCGCUGCACCCCUCGGCGAAGGAUCCGGCCCUCGGAGCCGGGCUGUGGGAAAAUACGCAGCGGGAAGUUAACACCUAUCUCAAGCAGCAUGGACUUGACGAGCUCUUACCCUGGUAA